AUGAUCCCUGAGGUUGACAAGGAAAUGCUUCUUGCCUCGGGGACUAGCAAGGGAGUUUGGACCCUUCAUACGGAUGGUGCAUCCAAUGUGAAAGGGUCCGGGCUAGGGAUCGUUCUCAAACCCCCCUCAGGUGACGUGAUAAGACAAUCUAUAAGGUCUGCUGAUUUAACUAACAAUGAAGCCGAGUAUAAGGCUAUGAUUGCAGGUUUAGAACUGGCCAAAAGUUUGGGAGCCGAGAUCGUAGAAGCAAAGUGUGAUUCUCUCCUGGUGGUCAACCAAACGAAUGGAACCUUCGAGAUCAAAGAUGACAGAAUGCGGAAAUACCAAGAAAGAUUGCAGGUUGUCCUUCGCCGGUUCAAGGAGUGGACAUUGGAGCACGUACCCCGUGAUCAAAAUAAUGAAGCGGAUGCCCUGGCAAACCUAGGAUCUUCGCCGAAUCGAAGGGUUCUCCUCCGGAGCCGUGGUGCGGAUUAA